AGUCACCCAAGGAGGUUGCAAGUGACAAGAAAGGCCGACUGCUGAGGACCUCCUUCUAAGAUCAGAAUGGCAGAAGAGUGGGGAAAACAGGCAUUUGCUGCCAGGCGACACCAUGAGGAUACAACAAGGGGAUCUGCCUUUGCUUACACAAACAGCAACAACACCAGAGAUCCCUUUGAGGGUCCCAACUACCACAUUGCUCCUCGAUGGGUUUACAACGUUGCAACAGUCUGGAUGUUUUUCGUGGUUGUUGCAUCAGUCUUUACCAAUGGUCUUGUGUUGGUGGCCACAGCAAAGUUCAAGAAACUCCGUCACCCACUGAACUGGAUCUUGGUCAAUCUUGCAAUUGCUGAUCUUGGAGAGACAGUUUUUGCCAGCACCAUUAGUGUAUGCAACCAGUUUUUUGGUUACUUCAUCCUGGGACACCCAAUGUGCAUCUUUGAGGGCUUUAUUGUCUCAACUUGUGGAAUCACUGCUCUGUGGUCCCUGACUGUCAUCUCCUGGGAGAGAUGGAUAGUUGUGUGCAAACCUUUUGGAAAUAUCAAAUUUGAUGCCAAAUGGGCCAUAGGUGGAAUUGUGUUCUCCUGGGUCUGGUCAGCAGUGUGGUGUGCACCCCCCGUCUUUGGCUGGAGCAGGUACUGGCCUCAUGGACUGAAGACUUCUUGUGGACCCGAUGUAUUCAGUGGAAGUGAAGACCCUGGAGUCCAGUCCUACAUGAUUGUGCUUAUGAUCACAUGCUGUAUCAUUCCCCUGGCUAUCAUUAUCCUCUGCUACCUUGCUGUCUGGUUGGCUAUCCGUGCUGUUGCCAUGCAGCAGAAGGAAUCAGAGUCGACCCAGAAAGCUGAGAAAGAAGUAUCCAGAAUGGUGGUUGUCAUGAUUUUUGCAUAUUGUUUCUGCUGGGGACCAUACACCUUCUUUGCCUGCUUCGCUGCGGCCAACCCCGGAUAUGCCUUCCAUCCUCUGGCUGCUGCCAUGCCUGCAUACUUUGCCAAGAGCGCCACCAUCUACAACCCAAUCAUCUAUGUCUUCAUGAACCGACAGUUCCGCACAUGCAUCAUGCAGCUCUUUGGCAAACAAGUGGAUGAUGGCUCUGAAGUAUCCACAUCAAAGACAGAGGUCUCCUCCGUGGCUCCUGCAUAA